CGACCUUUCACAGGUGUCAACAUUUAAUUUCUUUCCUGUACAUCAACUCAAGUGGGUGAUUCCCGCAGACGCGCUCUUGCUUCCUGCAUCCAGCGCGCGCACGAGCUGCUGUGGAAAGUUUUUGAAGUUUGGGAAAGAAGAAGAAGAAGAAGAGGCGGAUCGGAUCGAUCCGGAUUCGGGCUCCGGACGGGAUGGCGGCUGUGAAGGCUCUCCAGCAAUGGUGCCGGGUCCAGUGUCAGGGCUACCGGGAUGUUUCCGUCACCAACAUGACCACGUCCUUCAGGGACGGCUUGGCCUUCUGCGCCCUCAUCCACAAACACAGACCAGAUCUCAUCAACUUUGAUUCUCUGAGGAAGGAGGAUGUCUACGAGAACAACAAACUGGCCUUCAGUGUUGCAGAAGGAGAACUGGGGAUUCCAGCUCUGCUGGAUGCAGAAGACAUGGUGGCGCUAAAGGUUCCUGACCGACUCAGUAUCCUCACGUACGUCUCCCAGUACUACAACUACUUCCAUGGGCGCUCACCCAUUGGUGGUAUGGGAGGUAUUAAACGUCCAGCUGAGGACCCCACUAAUGAACCACUUGGGAGGGGGAAGCAGCCAGUGGCGUCUAAGGUGUUUCCUGCCUCUAAACCCACCAGAGAGAACAGUCCUCCCCCUUCUGCCAACAUCGCCAGACCCUCUUCUUCACCAAAACGCAUCAGAACUUCAAGACAGGAAGUUGAGAAACCCAACCAGACGGGCACCUUGAGUAACAAAUGCACGUCAUGUAACGGUCAUGUCCACCUGGUGCAGCGACAUCUGGUGGAUGGGAAGCUGUAUCACAGGAACUGUGCAAAAUUGUUAACAAACACCAGCUCAACAAUCUGGAAUUCACCCAGAAAUACCAACAUUUCCAAAUUCAGUCCUCAGCCAGAUCCCAGAAAGACCAGCAAAGUUAGUCCAACGCCCACGCCUUCCCAACAAGUACCAACGGUAGUUUGGUCAACAAAGAAGCCCAGUUCCCCUUCAAACAGCACCAUAACUGCUCCACCUUCAUUCCCGUCCGCUUCUGCUCCAAAGCAAAGCCCGACCCCCUUUGUGUCCAAAUCCACCUCUCCACGUGACGCCACCUUUACGUCCACCGUCUCCAUCAGCCCCACACCCACACCGUCUCCUCGAACCUCUGUCGCUGCAGCCAAAACAAGAGAGUCCAAGUUGAAGUUUUUACAAUCGGAUGAGACUUCUGGUAACGAAGAGAAAAAGACGACAACCUUCAGCACGGCUGUAAAUAAAGGCCUAACGGUGACUGGUAAGAGACAGGAAAUCCCAAAGGUUCAGCCUGUGACUGUGGUUAUUAAUGUUGAAGACAUGGAUAAAGGUGGAGGUUCAGCUAAAACGACCUCUGUGGGAGGGAGGAUUAACUCAAAACAGGAAAACAAUGACACCAACAAGGCUAAAGCGUCAGUAUCAGCCUUCAUCACUAAGAAACUGGCUGAGGAGAACACCAAUAACAACAGUAAGCCUUCGUGGACAACUGUUGCCCCCAAGAAAACUGAAAAACCUCAAUCUCAAACGGAGACGCCUAGAAAGGAGCCGGAAGGUGUGAGGGGCAGGGUGAAGCUGAGAGCGGACCCAUCGAUCCUCUCUGACCUGCAGCCCCAGAAGCCUGCUUUCAGCCCGGGCCGACUCGGAGGGCGGACUCCAGAGAGAGGAGGCCUAAAGCCGGGCAAAGCAUCACCCAACACAUCAGGAGUUUCAGAAAACGAGUCUCCUGCAGACUGGAGGUCGAAGCUCAAACCUGUUUCCAAAGGAACAACACCCGUGGGUCCUCCUCAGUCUUCUCAUAAACCAUGGACUAAUGGACCCUCGAAGACCUCGGAGCUCUUGGUGAAACCUGUCCCCUUGUCCUCUCAUCUGCCCAAUCCUAACACGACUCCUUCACCAUCGAAGGGUGAGAACACACCCGACAACUACCUAAAUGCAACACAGAUAAUACACCCUGAAUCUCAUAAUUUCCAGAAAGAACAAAUCACAAAUGGCAGCAAGUUGGAGUCAACGACUUCUAAGAAAAAAGCAGGCUACAUCCCCAGAGAGGAAAUCAUAAGAGAGCUUGGAGAGAUUGAAAACAACUUGAACGAGGUGGAAAAGAGAGGAGUGGAGCUGGAGGUGAAGCUGCGGCAGUGUGAGGAAGAAGGUGCUGAUGACAGUGUCAUGGAUGAGCUAAUGGACGAGUGGUUCAACUUGAUCAAAAACAAGCAGGUGGCCAUGCGGCGCGAGUCUGAGCUAGUGUACAUUGGAAAAACUCAGGACCUGGAAGAAGAGCAGCCCAACGUUGAGCAGGAGCUCAGGAGGCUGAUGGAGAGACCAGAUCAUCUCAAAACAGCCUGGGACAAAAAGAAAGAGGCACAGCUGAUGGAGAAGCUGCUGGAGAUCGUUAAUGGCAGGAAUGCUAUUAUAGAAGGUCUGGAUGAGGACAGACUCAGGGAGGAAGAGGAGGAUGAGCAGCUAAACGACAUGAUGAAGAGUUUCAACGUAAAGAAAGACAAAGGCAAGAAAAAGUCUCCCAUGCUCAAAAUGUUCGGCUGGGGAGGCAAGAAGGAAGCUCCUGAUGCUUAAUGUCAAUCCCUGUGUGUGUGUGUGUGUGUGUGUGUGUGUGUGUGUGUUCCUCUUGUAUGGUCUUCAUGCUGGUGAACCUAUUAAAAUGUUGCUUGUAAACUGCAACACCAAUGUAAACAGGGGUCAGAGGUCAUUCUGCUCCUGUGGUAGCACAGGAUACAAAACAUACAGAUCAUCCUCUUGUACAGAAAUGUUUCUUUUGACACUAAUAGUUUCCAGUCUGGUGAGGUCUGGAAGAGGUUAAAGCAGGACAUAAACACACCACUGCAUUUUUUUUUCUUCCAUAUUUGAGUAUUUAGAGGAAUUUUGCAACAUACAAAAGUAAGUCAUGGUGGGAUAUUCACUCAUCAGUUUAGCUUUGUGUAAUUUUGACAGAUUUUCCUAAACUCUAAAAUAGUCGUCAAUCCACCCUUUCCCCAUUAGGGGUUUGCUUUUUCAUCAAAGUGCCUGAAAGUGAAGAUUUCCUGACAGUUUGAGUCAAAAGAAUCCCAGAUGUGGUCCACAUUGGACCUUAACUUAGGUAAUGAUUCCUAUCUGAACGACCUGUAUGGUCAUCAUUAAUAUAAUUAAUUUACACAAUUAAAUAUGUGUUUAUAGUUUUAUGACCGGACGUUCAAACUUUUUACCAAAAUUGGUUAACACUACUAGCACCUAAGGAUUGUAUUUAUGUUGAUACUUUGCUGCUCUUUGUUAAUACACAAUAAUCUCAUUCAUUAUGUAGAAGCCUUGUUUAUUUGAUGUAUUUUUGUCCAUUUAUUUGGAGUUCAAUAUUAAACUGAUCACAUGAAUGAUGCUUUUCUUUCUAGUUUGAAUAUAUCAUCACAUGGAGCUUUACAGUUGCAGCUGUAUAUUAUACAGCUCAUCUGGUAGUGUUUGAGAUUAUUUGAGCUUCUUUUUUUUAUUGAUUGUACAUAUUUCUUUAUUUUUAUUUGAAGGUUUUGUUUCUCUUUUACAGAUGCAAUGUGUUUAAAUUGCCACUAAGGGGCAGCGUGUGCAUUGUUAUUGCAGCUGUGCUGUUUUAUUCCAAGAGGAAGUUUAUCAGAUUUUGUGCCGCUCAUGAGGAUAUUUUAACAGUUUUCUGCAGUUAUCACAUACUUUGUGUCUGAAGUCUGUUUUUGUUUUUUAUUUUUUGUCACAAUAAAACGUUUACAUUUUUC